AUGCGCCGCGCCAGCCGAGACUACACCAAGUAUUUGCGAGGCUCGGAGGAGAUGGGUAGCGGCAACUCCAGCGCUCCCCACGAGGGUCCCCUGCACCCUACACCUUCCCCAGCCCCGCACCAGCCCCCACCCACCUCUCGCUCCAUCCUGAUGGCCUUCAUGGUCCUGGGGCUGGGCCAGGUCCUCUGCAGCGUUGCAUUGUUCCUCUACUUCAAAACCCAGAUGGAUCUUAACAGGAUUUCAGAUGAUGAGACCUGUUGCUUUCUAAAACUUUUGAAACGCCAUAAAAACUCAGAUUUGCAAGAUACAUCUCUGGAGGAUCAGGAUGCAACAUUAAUGUCAGAUUCCUGUCGAAGAAUCAAACUGGGCUUUCAAGAAGCUUUGCAGAAGGAGCUAAAGCUUAUGGCUAGGACAGAGAAUGCAAGGGCAGAGAAAGCUAUGAUGGAUCCUUGGUUAGAUGUCUCCAGGAAAAGCAGAUCUGAGACCCAUCCAUUUGCUCAUCUCACUAUUAAUGGCACCAAUAUUCCCUCAGGUUCCCGCAAAGUGAAUCUUUCUUCCUGGUACCAUGACAGAGGUUGGGCAAACAUAUCAAAUAUGACUUUCAGCAAUGGAAAACUAAGGGUCAACCAAGAUGGCUUCUACUACCUCUAUGCCAACAUUUGCUUCAGACAUCAUGAAACCUCUGGUGGUCUGGCCACAGAAUCUCUUCAGCUGAUGGUGUAUGUCACGAAAACGAAUGUGAAGAUUCGGAAUUCUGAUACUCUGAUGAAAGGAGGAAGCACGAAACACUGGUCAAAAAAGUCAGAGUUCCAUUUUUACUCUAUCAAUAUAGGAGGAUUUUUUAAACUGAGAUCUGGUGAAGAAAUAAGUAUCCAGGUAUCCAACCCAUCCUUACUGGAUCCUGCCCAAGAUGCAACUUACUUUGGGGCUUUCAAAGUUCGAGAUAUAGAUUGA